AAUGUCAAGGGAAGGAACACAACAUUUUUCCGCAGAUGUUCCACCAGCACCAGUGUUUUCCCUGAGUUUACUACUCAAAUCAAAUUCAAUUCAUCAGUCAGUCAGCCUUGUUUCCUGUUUAGAUGAAUUUCCGGCAAUGAAUAAGGCCACGAAAACAGCAGCGUUAAUCAAUUCUCAGGCCAACCCUUUUCAGCUAAAGGCCUCUCUUUUUCAUUCUUCCCCAAUCUUGGAACGCAGAAGACGCACUCAAUGGGAUUCUGGGAGAAGUGCUUAUAAAGGUUCACCAAGGAGAUCAAACUUCUACUCCAGAAGAUAUAGGAAGCUGAACUCAAGGGAGACGCUGUUUGAGAAUGUCAAUGCAUUUGCUGAACAGUUCUUUCAGGGCUGGCAGCCUGAUUCUGAUGAAUAUGACCCAUCUUCAAGCCGAGACACUUCAUGGUUUAGACGAGAUUUCAGGGCCAGUGGAAACAAAGGGGGAAGAUCAAGGAACAAGGGACCACAUCAACAGAGAGGUUUCCAAUUCUUUGAGGAUAAUGAUAUUGAGAUAGAGACCUUUUUCCGGUCAGCAUUUGGCGGGAACAAGUACUACUACUGGUCAUUUAUGAAUGAAGAACCACAAUGGAGGAACUCAUCAAGCUACUCUAACAACCAUAGGUGGAAUCGGAGAUAUCAAUAUUCAGACUAUGAUGAGUCAACAGACUCUGAAAAUUCAGAGUCGGAUUUGAGUUCACAGCGUCUCACACUUGGGUUGAAUGCAUCUGGCCCUUUGAAUCUGGAAGAUGUUAAGAAUGCAUAUCGUCUAUGUGCGCUGAAAUGGCAUCCUGAUCGCCACCAGGGCCCAUCUAAGGCUGUCGCAGAAGAGAAGUUCAAGGCCUGCAGUGCAGCAUAUCAAUGUUUGUGUGAUAAAUUGGCAUUAACUUAGUAAUGGAGCAGAUAGUGAUACAUAUCCUAAAUUAUCAGAUGAUGAUUACUAAAUUACUGAGGUUAUUGGUUCCCCAGAGGACGUAAGAUAUACUAACCUACCAAUAAAAGAGGCGCUUUAUGAUAGAUGUUUAUUAUAUUUCAAAUGGCCAUUGCACACAUAGGAAGCUAUGUCGGAUUAGAUUAUCUAGAAGCAUUGACAAAGUGUUUGUAGUAGAGUUGUUUUGCCAUGCUUCCAGUGUAAGCUUAUGUAAUCUUAGCAAUAAUUUCUGUUCUUUUGUAGCUGUGUUAAGGAUGAAAGAAUUUGGUUUUGCCAUCGUUUACCAAGCUAAACUCAUAGUUAUCAGUUUCCAUGAUA